AUGGCGGAUGCGGGGAAGAGCACUGCUUCAGUGGCAGGGGAGCCUGAACCUGGGUCCAACUCCAGCCCCAUCUGGAAAGCAGCUCUGGAGAGAUACUUCGCAGAGACUCGGAGAGGAGGCAUCAAUGAGGCUGCAAUCGAAAAUGAUCUCUGGGUCGUUCAAACGCCCGAAGAACUCCUCAGCCGGAUUGAAACCACCGUCCCGUGUGAUACUCAGUCAUCAGCAACCUGGUCCAGGGCUCUCGCCGAUCUGAAACCAGUACUGCUGGGGCUAAGUGAUUUCGCAGCUCUUAUUGCGUGGGCACUCGGCUUGGACAGCAAGUACGCCCUUCCUGUCCUUGCGGAGCUUGUGGAGAUGUUGAGCGAGCUGCAGCGCACUCUGCCUCGCAUUCAAAAGUACGAAAAGGAGCUGCCAAUGACAUCCACUCUAGAAGGCGCUUUGCUCGACAUGUAUAGCGAGAUCAUCGUCUUCUGCGCCUACGCCGUAACAUUCUUUCGCAACAAUCCCAACAUCGGGCGAAGUCCCAGUGCUUGGUCUCGGUUUAAUCAAGACUUCGCCCAAACGAAAAGAAAUCUGGAGAGGUAUUCCAGGCGGGUAGAUGAGGUUGCGGACAUGAUACGAUUGUCUCGCGAAUCAACAACGGCAGCGACAGUGGCCACUAUCCGGAACACUAAGCUGCCGGAAGAACUUCCAGCCAUCAACCUCCCAUGCCACAGCGUCCCACACGGGCUGAACUUGCGGUUCUUCGGACGAGAUGAUGCCAUAGACGUUUUGAGGGAAACUUUGAGCCCAGAGCAAGACAGGCACGAAAUGCGAGCCAUAGCAAUGCAUGGUAUCGGUGGCGUGGGCAAGACACAACUAGCCCUGCAGUAUGCCAAUAAGUCUUUGGGGAUGUAUGAAAUUAUUAUUUGGGUUCCGUCGGAAUCACAAAUCAAGUUCACACAGGCCCUCUCAGCUUUCAAAAUCAAGCUAGGACUGAUCGACGAUAAGGAGCAAAGGGACGGGAGCCAUGCCAUACAGCGGCUCAAGGAUUGGCUCAACACAUCAAACAAGGACUUCUUGAUGAUCUUUGACAAUGUCAACGACACACGAAUUCUGGACCAAAUUUGGCCUGCGACUCCACGUGCCUCGGUGAUCAUUACUACACGGUCACCCUCUGUGGCAUCACGGCGCGCAAACAAAAGCUUCCGCCUGGAAAGCUUCGGCCUUGAGUCAGGGGCAGAAGCUAUAUACGCACUUUCAGGGAAGCAACCGUCCGGGGAAGACGACAAGGCUGCGGCUUUGGAGCUCUGCCGCCUACUAGGCGGACUGCCUCUGGCGCUGGCGCAGGUUGCUUCUUUCAUCGCAGAUAGGGACUUUUCAUUCAGCGAGUCCAUGGUGCUAUUCAACCAGUCAGCGGAGAAGGUGUUCGCUCGGUCCCCCAUAUUGGAUGAAUACCAGCACACAGUCACCACAGUCUGGAACCUCUCGUUGGAACAACUAUCGCCGCAAGCUAGAAUCAUGCACAACCUGUUAGCAUUCUUCGACCCGGACCAUAUUGCCGAAAGCCUCAUAAGUAAGACAAAGACACGAUUUAAUGACCCCGCAUGGGAGUUCAUCUUGGAUGAUUUUGAGUUCAGUGAUGCCGUGGCCGAGCUUACAAGAAGCUCCCUUAUUACUAGAUUGUCUCCCUCAAAAGCUUUGUCAAUGCACCGCUUGGUGCAGCAGACUGUCUUCGCCCGUUUGUUAGCGGAUGAAAAAUUGCUUUAUCUAGAUCGUGUGAUCGAAAUACUCUCCUCAGCCUUCCCGAACACGUGGAACCGCCGUGGACCAUACCAAGGACAUGGCUACGAGACAUGGGAGACUUGUGGAGCAGUGCUUCCCCAUAUCAGUCGGUUGAUAGGUUUGGUGAGCGAUCACGGUCUUCGCCCUAGUAAUGCUGGCCUCUGGGCCGAGCUCGUCUUCCGAGCCGGCACGUAUCUUUGGGAAAAGGACCAGCCAUACCUCGCCCAAGUCUUUCUAGAGUUUGGGUUGCGCAUUGACAUUGGCGAAUCGCACCCAGUUUCAGCGCAAGCACAGCGAAUUCUGGGCCACAUAUGCCUCGACAUAGCUCAACCACAUGCUGCUCUUAGUGCAUAUAGCAAGACACUUUCACUCCGCCUGAUGACCGAAAAGGCUGAUUCUCCGCCUAUCGCAGACAUCUAUGAUUCUAUUGCAUGCAGCUAUACUGAGAUCCGCAACAUGCCAAAAGCGUUUGAGUACGUUGAACGAACGACUGCGAUUCACCUCGCGCACGAUCCAGCGCACAUGGCGCGCACAGAGGCGAUUCGGGCGAUGGCCUUUUUACGUGACAAUCGACCCUCAGAGGCACUUUGUGCGCUACACAAGUGCUGGGAACUUCAAAAUCUCUCUCAAGAGGAUGUUGAAAGUUCCCGCUAUCCUAAGCAUAGUGGCGACAUUAUGCUCCUGGCCAGAAUUCUCUGGGCACUCGGCCAGAGGUCUACCGGUCGAGAACUUGCUUCUCGAGCGGUGGACGCAAGUUCUCGACCGGUGGACAUUCGCCGGGACUCCAUGUUCCACCUUGCAUUGAUGCUGAACGAAGAGGAAGAACAAUUGCUGUCCGCUAAGCUUCUGCGCGACAUAACAAAAAUCGACUCUAGCGUUCAAGAAACCAAACCACACCAAGCUCGAGCCUUCUGGUUUCUUGCAAAGUUUGAAGAGCAAAUUGGAACUCCCCGGAAUCUGUGCGACGAGAUAAAAUCCAAUGCCAAAAGAAUCAAGGACGCGCUGAAACAGAGUGAGGCAGGGCAGGAUAAUAGCGAUAAGGCGUAUAUGAGCCUUGUAGGGUGGAUGCUAUGGUAA